CACACACACACACACACAGAGCUGUGUCUCAACCAAUGAAGCAAUGUCAUUCAGGUCAUCUGAGCGGUUGUCGUGGCAGCCCUCAGGCUCACUGUGUCUGUACACCCUACUGCAGUUUCCAUGGAAAUGGCGAGGAUGACCUUGGCAGAGUGUGCCCCCCCUGUGGUGGGAAUAGGUCAGAGGUUAUGCCCCCCUGUUGGGUGUUGGGUGGUGGCCCAGACAGGUUGGUCCUGUUGAGCAUAUUUGAAUAAGCCUGAGCAGUGAAGUGUGUGUGUGUGUGUGCUUGAGAUUUCACACUGCACACAAUGGAUCUGAUAGAACCACACCCUACCCAAUACUACUGCUCUCAUUCUCUCUAUGACCCACCAUCUUUCUUCUGCCUUAACUCCCCUCUUCUCUUUCAUUUUCUGUCUCAUAUUCCAAACCUCUCUUUCUCACUUUCUCCCUCCCUCUUUCUUUCCCCCUCCCACUUUCAUAGUCCUAGGAGAUGGGUGGUACAGACAGACAGUCAGCCAGCACCUCCCCCUCCCCUUGCCCCGCAACCUUGCCUUGUCCUACAAUAAAUGUGACGGAGCUGAAGACAGGGGGUGUGUGUCUGUGUGUGUGUUUGCUCAUCAGACUUUGUAUGUGUGUGUUUUCUCUUAAGACUCUGCGUUUGUGCAAAAAUAGAGUUUUAUUCCUAUUUCUGUCUGCUCUGUAAAUCCCACUUUGUGUGUGUGUGCGUGUAACUCUAUGUGCUGUCAGCCAUGAGGUGUGAUUGUGUGUGUGUGUGUGUGUGUGUGUGUGUGUGUGUGUGUAGAGAGGGAGAGCUUGAGAGAUGGAAACCAUGCUGAGUGUGAGUAGAGGGCAGCACAGCUGAGCACUCUUUAUCUCUGUCUAUUCUCCCUGCCUCCCCUUCUCUCCCUCCUCACCUCCCUCUCGCUUUCUUUUCUCUCUUCACUUGUGUUUGCGCACUAGAUGAACCAACAUGGAUUAGAGCAGUUUGGAACAGAGAGAAUUGUGUUUUUUUGUGUGUAUUCACGUACAUAUACUGUAUCUUUGUGCGAGUAAUAGAUUGCAGCCUGUGGGUCUGUGUGUGUUUGUGUGUGUGCUAUGUGUGUGAGUGUACUGGCUCUGGAUGUGUGUGUUACUCUUGGGAAGAACUCAGUGUGUGUGGAGUGGAGUGGACAGAGUGGAUCGUCAGUCUCUCCGUCAGUCAGGAUGGUGCAGAGGUUCAGUUUACGCAGACAAUACUCCAAGAUUGAGCGGUUGGAGGUGAGUGGCUUGGCUCAGACCCCCCAGGCAGUGUUGUGUGGCGCUGAUGGGUCGUUCCUCGGGGGUGAAGAUGGCACCCCGGACCCCCAGCGUACCAAGCAGGCUAUCGCCCAGCUGCAGCAGAAGAUCCUCAAGCUCACAGAGCAGAUCAAGAUUGAGCAGACGGCCAGAGAUGACAACGUGGCCGAGUACCUCAAACUGGCCAACAAUGCUGACAAGCAGCAGAGUGCCCGCAUCAAACAGGUGUUUGAGAAGAAGAACCAGAAGUCCGCCCAGACCAUCCAGCAGCUGCAGAGGAAGCUGGAGCACUACCACCGCAAGCUGAGGGAGGUGGAGCACAACGGCAUCCCUCGCCAGCCCAAGGACGUCCUCAGGGACAUGCAGCAGGGCUUGAAGGAUGUGGGGGCAAAGGUCACAGGCUUCAGCGAGGGCGUGGUGGACAGUGUCAAGGGAGGCCUCUCCAGCUUCUCCCAGGCCACGCACUCCGCCGCCGCCGGGGUCGUCUCAAAGCCCCGGGAGAUUGCCUCACUGUUCCGCAACAAGUUUGGCAGCGCCGACAAUAUCCCUGGGCUGAAGGACUCCUUGGAGGAUCCGUCAGGGGGCGAGGAGGGGGUGACUGGGGCCGGGGGGAGUUCUCUGGGCAGCGCAGGGCACCACCAUCUGCAGUCCAGCCCCAAGUACGGCAGCGAGGAUGACUGCUCCAGCGCUACGUCGGGGUCGGCAGGGGCCAACAGCACCACAGGGGCUCCCGGAGGCCCCCCCAGCUCCAAGGGGAACACCCUGGAGAGGAGCCAGAGCUCUAGCCUGGACAUGCUGCUACAGGAGGUGCAGGAGGGCCAGGGGAGACUAGAGGAGAAUCUGGAGGGGCUGAAGAGUCACUAUCAGAGAGACUACACUGUCAUCAUGCAGGCCCUGCAGGAGGAACGAUUCAGGUGUGAGCGUCUGGAGGAGCAGCUGAAUGAUCUGACAGAGCUCCACCAGAAUGAGAUCCUCAACCUGAAGCAGGAGCUGGCCAGCAUGGAGGAGAAGAUAGCUUACCAGUCCUACGAGAGAGCCAGAGACAUACAGGAAGCUCUGGAGGCGUGUCAGACGCGUAUCUCUAAGAUGGAGCUGCAGCAGCAGCAGCAGCAGGUGGUCCAGCUAGAGGGCCUGGAGAACGCCACGGCCCGGACACUGCUGGGGAAACUCAUCAAUGUCCUCCUGGCCCUCAUGGCUGUGCUCCUGGUGUUUGUCUCCACUGUGGCCAACUGUGUGGUCCCUCUAAUGAAAACCCGCUCCCGGUCCUUCUCCACCCUCCUCCUCAUCCUCCUCUUCGCCUUCCUCUGGAGGAACUGGGAUGCGCUGUCGGGCUACACGCACCGUGCCCUGCAGCUGCCCAGAUGACCGAAUGGAGACGUGUGUUUCUAUGACUAUGCGCGAGGGUGGAUACUCUGUCUCCACACACACACACACACAGAAAGCAGGAAGAGCCUAACUGCCAAUAGGAUGUGGUGGUUGUGUUGACGGACGCUGUAGAAUUAGUCGGUUGAGCUCUGUGAGGCAGGAUUUGGACUGAGGAGAAAGUGAGGGAAGGAUGGAAGAUGAGAAUACCACUCAGUCAUGACUUUUGUUUGGGAAGGAUGAGACUUUGUUUACAUUCAGAAAUAGUGUUUAUUUCUUUCACAGGAUGCAUCGUCAUACUGUUUUUCUUUUCUUCUAGGGGUUAAUCAAGUAUAUUAUUGUUUAUUAUUUUUUCUAAUAAUAUAUUAUUUUUUACAUUUUAUUCAGUACCAUGUAGCGUUAAGCUCCUCCCACUCUGCACAAAGAGGAGCUUGUCAAGAAACUGAUUGGACGUUCACCUCAGAGGCUCAGGCCCUCUGCAGAUAAAUGGUACUCUGAUUUGGUUGCCUUUCAUAAAGAAAGUGCUCUACCGGUCUGUUAUUGGUAGAAAAUGAAAAGAUGAAUGAAUCCCCGCCUCGCACUUUUUCCACAGCGAUGGAUUCUGAGAUGAAAAGGAACCUUUCUACAGAGUACUCUUUGUUUUCUGGACACAAAAGACUGAUGGACAUUACUUUGAGUGUCACGCUGAGACUUCUCGUGCUUCCGUACUGUUUCUACUAGCAAUGAUUUACGUCCUAUUAAAGGUGUCUUUUUUUUUUUAAAGGAGAGUAAAUUAAUUAGGAGAGGUCAUUUUAAUUAGGAGAGGUUAUGUAAUGAAUUCUAAUGACUUUUAGAGAGUAGCGCCAGCUUAGACAAGAGGGAGGGUUUGACAGUUAGGGCCACUCACCACAGAGCCACCAGAAACCAUAGGUACAGAUAAGGCCACUUUGCAGGAAAUGUGGAGUUGCCAUGAUAUUGCUUUCACUGGUGCCUGAAUUCCAUGUUGAAAAGGCAUAGACUGUCUGCCAGACAUAGACAACUGUCUCCACUGCCAUGCUACUGUUGUUCAAUGCACUGCCUGUAUGAAGAAUGUGACUCACUCCAUCACAAUGGCUAUGUUUAGACAGACAACCCAAAUCUGAUCUUUUUUUAACUAAUGUUUUUUUUUUACCAAUCAGAUCAGCUCUGAGAAAAAUCUCAUGUGAAAUUAUCUAAUGUGAUUGGUCAAAAGACCAGUUAGUGGGUAAAAGAUCAGAAUUGGGCUGCCUGUGUAAACGCAGCCUUACUGUCCUAUCUCUCCAUCUCUCUCCUCAUUGCCCUGUUUUUUCAGCAUACUGCCCUAUGUGCCAAAACUGUCCUAUUUCACAUUUCCAGAUCUGUAUGUGCUUUAUUAGCCAACUCCUCUAACUCUCACAGUCAUGACAUGACAGAAGAGUUGGCUAAACUAAGCACAAACUGAUAUGGGACCAGGCUAACAGAAUAUACCUUUACAAGGUUGUCUGGGUAAUUGCUCUGAGACACUCACUGCUAAUAACCUGAUGUGUGUUUCCUAAUCCUGGUCCUUGAUUACUGCUGAAUACGAUGGCUCUCUAUCCGUCUUAUCCUACCAUUCAUCUGUUCAUGGAGCUUCAGUCGACCUAGAUGAUAUGAAUGAGUCCAUCUGAAGUCCAUUCUGACACUUGUUUGAUGAAGAUAAUAACUUAUAGUGGGAGCUGCAGACCAGCGUUCCAUAGUGUUUGGACCAGCAUGUUUAGGAUCUUUGAAACAGUUUUAAACCAGAAACUGCACUGAAUUUAUUGUCAGUCUAAUCACUAAAUAGAAAUUAAUAGAAGUCAAUGGAUAUUGUUAUUACACACCAAUCAGUUUAAAGAUACUGAUCAUUGUUGUGAUCUUGAAGGUUCCCCAGGUGAGUGGCUCCUGAGUUGACCUCUGACCUUGGUGUGACUUUGCCAUGACCUCCGAUGCAGCGUGGUAGGGUUGUGUGCUAAACCACUCCAGUGCCUUCUGAUGUGGGAUAAUAAAAGUGCAUUCCUGACUAACUCCUGGCCCCCUGACUUGUGUGUGUGGGUGUGUGUGUGUGUUGAGGAUCGGAGGGGUUUGGGGUGUGUCUAGCUCUCUCGUAGGAUUGGUAAGCGAUUAUCUCCUCCAUGCUGGCCAGCUCCUGCUUCAGGUUAAGGAGGAAAUGGACCAAUAAGAGCAAUUAUUUAAAGCAAAGUAAUGUAAAACAGAUUCUUAAACUGCCUGGACCACACUAUGUCUGGAUGCAAUGUUUAAUUGAGGAACAAAGUAGACUGAAGCACUGAUGGUGGUUUACAGUGUUUAAUGUGAGUUGAUUAUAGUGUGAAUAAAUAAGCCCUGUUGAAGUUUGUAUUAAUCCACUAGAUGGCGAUCCUCUCAUGUUUUAUAGCACCUUAGUUUCCUGACAUGACCCACACAGAUGAAGCCAACUGACAUUUACUCCUGAGGUGCUGACUUGUUGCACCCUCGACAACUACUGUGAUUAUUAUUAUUUGACCAUGCUGGUCAUUUAUGAACAUUUGAACAUAUUGGCCAUGUUCUGUUAUAAUCUCCACCCGGCACAGCCAGAAGAGGACUGGCCACCCCUCAUAGCCUGGUUCCUCUCUAGGUUUCUUCCUAGGUUUUGGCCUUUCUAGUGAGGUUUUCCUAGCCACCGUGCUUCUACACCUGCAUUGCUUGUUGUUUGGGGUUUUAGGCUGGGUUUCUGUACAGCACUUUGAGAUAUCAGCUGAUGUACAAAGGGCUAUAUAAAUACAUUUGAUUUGAUUUGAUCUGUAUGCUCAAAGUUAUCAAAUAGAUCCUUGAAACACCA